GUCGCCGCUCUACUUGCUCGACGCGGCGUGGGUGCAGGAGUGGCGGCGCUUCCUUCUCGCAAAGGCGCGGACGCAGCUCCACCCAGGCCCUCCCUCCUCCGCGGGGCUGCGCUGCGAGGCACACGGCUGUGUCGAGGUGCGGCCGGGGCACGCACACGCGCGGUGGCGCCCCUCCCGCGGCGCCAGCGCCGCCGAGCGCGCCGUCUCGGAGCGGCUCGCCACGCGCUGCUGCCUCGCGACGGCGGCCGAGGUGGAGGUGCUCUGUGGCGCGCUGGCGGCGGGCGCCCCUCCGGAGGAGCUCGAGCUCGUCGCUCUCACGGCGGGCGGCGACGACCCGCCCACGCUCGCCCCCGGCACGCUGCUCUGCGCCGGCUGCUGCGAGGCGGCCGAGGCGAAGGAGCGAGCCGCGUUGGCCGACUUCGAGGACGCCGAGGUCCAUCUCACGCUCCGCACCGAGCCCGCCGGCGCCGCAAAGAGCCGCGAUGAGGCGGUCGCCGCGGGCGAGGCCGCCGCCGCCGCCUCGGCUGCCGGCCUGAGCACAGGGCGGCCGCGCCGCGUCUGCCGCAACGGGCCGCGCUCUGUCGUCAAGGUUGGCAGCGGCACGACGCUCAACUCGCUAAAGCUGCUCAUCUACCAGGCGACCGAGGCGACCCCCUCCCAGCAGCGGCUGGUGUUCGACGGCCUCGACUUCACCGACAGAGACGCAGAGACCACCGUCGGCGCGCUCGGCAUCGUGCCCGCCUCGACGAUCGAGGUCUUCGUCGACAAGUCGCAGCCCGACGGCCUCGCGGAGGCGCUCGAGCGGCAGGUCGAGCAGACAGGAACCAAGCGGGGCGCGCCCGAGGGCGGAUUCCUCGGCUCGGCUCUGCUUGGCGCGGGUCUCCCUGUGAUGUGAGAACUUUGUACUCUAGUGAGACUCUACGCGUUGCAUAAUGAGAGCGGUGAGAGCUGUGUGAGCAGAGAGAGUCGAGGCGCCGUGGUGGCGGGGGUGUCGCAAGAGUGGUGUCGCGAGGGCUGAGACCUUCGCACAGUUUGGAAAUAGUACGACGCAUGACACG